UUAAAGCAUGGCGCACAAGACAAACUCAUAAGUCUCCAAUGGCUGUUGCCCCAAUUUAUCUGUAUGGCCUUUGGCGAAACUCUGUUUACCAUGACCGGACUGGCGUUCACUUUUUCUGAAGCUCCAGAAACAAUGAAGACCGUAUCUCUGUCAAUGUGGUACUUUUCGGUGGCAUUGGGCAAUUUGAUGGUCAUCUUCUUCAACCAUUUUGCGGUUGUGUUCAACAAAAAGUCGGACAUUUUCUUCGUGUUCUCUUUCAUCACGGCAUUGGUGAUCGCGUCGCUGUACAGGAUGAGCAAUACUUUCGAAAAGAUCUACAAUCUAGACAAACCCGUGUCCGUUCCUACUGAUUUAGUUAUGAUACUGAAGAGAGACAGCUACCAACUGGCCUUUUAAACAGUGGACUUGACAAUGACGAUCAUUUUCAUUUUUCAAAUAUAUUUGAAGACGGAUCGAACCAAUAUGACGUUACAAAACUAAUAACGUUUUUCCCAUAUCAACGCAAUAUCAAAUAAUACUACAGCGUGGACAAUAAUUAGUCAAGAACAUAUUUAAACGUUUUAUUUUUG